AUGAGGAUUUUUAUAGCCUUUGAAGGCUCUUUUGAACCAUUUGAUGUUUCAGCAGAUGUAACAGUGGAGUCUGUUAAGCUGAUAAUAAAGGACUAUUUCCACAUUCUUCUCUUUGAAGACACACAAGGCUGGUGCUAUCUGAAGCUGAUGCAUGCUGGAGCCACUCUAGAGGACAGGUGGAGUCUUGCUGAUGUUGGAAUAUCUUUCUGUUCAACUCUCAAAUGCUCUAUUAAGGAAGAAGACAAGCCUACUCUCUAUAUGUUCAAUGCUGUAACCUAAGAGACAAUGUCAAUAAUGGAGAGCAUUUCCCUUCUUGAUAGAAAAGUGUCUAAUCUGAGAACUAGAACACUGGUAAUUCUGAGAUGUGGCUUCCCUGUGAGUGCCUACUGUCUAUGGACCCCAAAGGGACUGGAGAUGUAUGACUGCAACACCCUCAGGGACUACAGACUGAUAGGUGCAACACUUCACUUGGACAUCUGGGAUAGAUGGAAGGAAUUCCUGACGGGCUGUCUCCUUGGACAAAAACUUAAAGUCCAACACUAGUUAUCAAAAGAAGGACCAGUGCUCAAGUAUCAGAGAAAGGUAGCCUUGUACAUUGUCGCCUUUUAUGGGUACAUUGAACUCACUGAAUGGGCCCUGAGGCAGGGUGUGCAGCCCCACGAGGUAGUUGGUGUUCACCCCUGUAGAGCAUGGUGCUAUGAAGCCCUUCAUGCAGAUGUCUCUAAAUGCCCCAUUCAUGCAGCUGCAGAAGCAGGCCAACUGUUGAUUCUGAAGGCCUUUGUCAACUGCAGCAUGCUGUGCCUAGAAUGCAAAAAUGCCACGGGACAAACUCCCCUGACCAUCGCGUUCAAACACAAGCAUAAAGACUGUGUAUUAUAUUUGCUCAGUAAAUUGUGGUCUACGGUUUCUUUUCUGAAGAUUUCAGUGUCGAUGAGGAUUUAUAUUAAAAUUAGGGUCCUCAGAGCUCAGAGACAUAGCCUUCAUAAAAGCUAGCUUGUGGGAGCAAGAGUCUCUGGGGCAAAAGUUAGAGACACUGUGAUGGUAGAUGGUUUCACCAAACCAAAAAUGACCUCCAAGACCUGGCAUAAGGCUGGGAACAAGGACUCACAAAGUACCUUGAGCAAGCCACUGCUGCUCAGUGAUCAAAGUGCCAGCAAGAAACCUGUCAACCCUUAGUCAGUUUUGCAGCUGGACACAGGAGAACAAACCCUUGAAUUGCCUCUACUGGUAGAUGCAAAUACAUUCUCUGAGUUACAAAGACAACAACAACAAAAUCGAAAAAAAAUUACUACCACAGCUAGGAAAAAAGAAAAGUUCAUAAAAAAUACUUAUCUCCCCCAAGUCCCGCUCCCUCCAGUUUCAAGAGUGGGAUAUGCACAUCCAUCCUUUCACUAUGCAAUACCCAGUGACUUUUUACUAAGAUCUUCCCUGGCAUCUUUCUCAGAGCACAGUGGGAGGAUUCCAAGGGAGAAUGCAAUCAACUGCUUAGCUGUGGCAAGGUAA